AUGAGGAAACAAAUUCCGGAGUCGAGACAGCCAAGAAUGGGAAGUGGGGAGUUGGCUCCAUGUUGGCAGAAACCGACGGGUGGAAAGCUGAAAUUUAAUGUGGAUGGGGCUUGGGUAAGCAGAUCAGAUGGAUUGGCAGAGGCGGGUGCAGGGAUAGUGGCACGGGAUUCGAAUGGAUCUUUUGUGGCAGCACGUUCACUGAAUCUGGGUGUGGUGGGUACUCCUUUAUGUGCGGAAGCUAUGGUAUGGCGGGCAGCUUUUGAUUUUGCCAUUUUGCUGGGUUUGGAUUCGCUCGUUAUGGAGGGGGAUUCACAACAGUUGGUGAGGUGUAUCCGAGGUGAGAUAGCGUGUUCCACUGAAGUGGAGGUGGUGGUGGAAGAUGUGAGAAGAUUAAGAAAUUUGGUUCGGGAGUGUGAGGUUGUGUUUGUUCGAAGAUCGGCUAAUGGUGUAGCAGAUGCUUUGGCGAAACAUGGUUUGCGAGGUUCUGGUGUUAGAACUUGGGAAGCUAGGCCUCCUGAUUGGUUGUUUUCUCCCUUGGGAAAAGAUAACCGACUUAUUUCUUGUACUGGAGUUCUCUGA